CAAGCAACCGCACCCUUCGACAUCACGACCUCGAUUAGGACCUCCCGCACUACUUAGGGCCUCGAGCACAAACACAGACCAAGACGACCCAGAGGUGCCAGGCAAGGACACCCCGCCCGCAAAAUCACCAUAUAUUCACCAAGCUCCCUCCGAAAAAAACGGGAAGGGGAGGGGAAAUAGUACAAGCCCGGAAAAAAAAAGACAACAUGUCACACCCAAGGGUAGAAGAAGUGUCGGACAGCGACGACAACAACUCGGACCCCUCCGAGGGCGACAUUGACGAGUUUGACGAGGGCGACAUCAUCCAGCGCAUCAACCCACAACAACAAAGACCCGCCACGCAAACCCUCCCAUCCAGACCAGCAGCAGCAGCACCACUACAACAACAGCAACACGUCAGCGACGCCUCCCAGUUCGCCGACUUCCAGUGCCUGUACCCGGUAUACUUUGACGCGACGCGGACGCGCGCCGAGGGCCGGCGCGUGAAGCGGUCCGAGGCGGUGCCGAACCCGCUGGCCCGCGAGAUCGCCCAGGCCUGUGGCAACCUGCAGCUGCAGGCGCUGUUCGAGCCGACCAAGACGCACCCGCGCGACUGGGCCAACCCGGGCCGCGUCAAGGUCAAGGUCAAGGGGUCGGGCAACCAGCACGUCAAGAACAAGCACCACCUGUACCUGCUCGUCGCGAAGCACCUGCGCGAGAACCCAGCCACCGAAAACUGCCGCGCCCUCAGGUCCGUCGCCGUGCCCGGGCUGCAGAUGCCCGAGGCCGGUAAGCCGUGGCCCAAGCCUGCCGUGCCCAGGGGUUGGAAGCUCGGCGAGCUGGUGCCGCACUACAGUCCCGCCGUCACCGGCGGUGGCGUCACAGAGAACUUUUUGCAGGACAUGAUGAAGGAUAUGCAGGGCCUGGGUGGCCCUGGAGGCGCCGGCGACAUGGCGAGCAUGUUGGCUGCCGCGGCGGGUCAGGGAGCCGGCUCAAGUGGGGGCGGUCCUAGCGAAGAAAAGAAGGUGAAGAGGAAGGGAAAGAAGUGAGAUAGGGUGAUAAACCGCUGCUUUGGUGUGAUUUCAUCUGGAGCAGAGGAGGGAAAUAUGUGAUCAUGUUUACAGAAGAAGCAUCAUAAUGCAAUGCCUCUCCAGUCUACUCAAACGGGUCCGGCUGAUUCGCCGAGCCACAAAAAUCCAUCGAACCCGGGGAAAUACAAACAAUCAAUAGUAACAAAGGGGUAUACCCAUGUAAAUGACAGGAACAAAACAGUUCGUCUAUAUCCCGAAACGCCUUAUAUCGCUUCUCAAACGGCCGCAAGUCGACCUUGCAGACCAUCCCACUCCCUCGACCCAACUAUUUGCACGUUCCCAG